AUGGCUCACAUACACGAGGAGGCGCAUGGCGCCGAUGACAAACAGCCCAACGAGUACAGUACGCCAGCUGGCUCGUCGACUAUGGAGCCUACGGCCGGCCCAUCUCAUCAGGAGCCGGAAGAAUACGAUGUCGAAACAGUCGAGAGGGUUUACAGGAAGCUCGACCUUCGAAUCAUUCCAGCAUUCUGGACGCUCUACUUCCUUUGCUCUGCCAUCAGGUCCAAUAUUGGAAUCGCGCAAACAAUGAAUGCCGCUCAGGGUCAUGACUUGAUGUCCGUCCUCGGCCUCACAGCUAAAGACACAUCAACCGCCUUGGCUCUUUUCUACGUGGCCUAUGUCAUCUUCGACUGCCCCUCCAAUCUGGUGAUGGCCAAGCUGAGCCCUCGCAUCUGGAUGGCUCGCAUUGUCAUUGCCACCGGUAUCAUUGGCACCUGCUUCGCUGCCGUGCAGAGCGCCUGGAGUGUCAAGCUUCUACGAUUCUUGCUCGGUGUUGUGAUUGCGGGCAUGUGGCCUGGAAUGUCGUACUACCUCACCUUGUUCUACCCGCCUUCUCGAACGGGUAAGCGAAUCGGCAUGUACUUCACUGCUGCCCAGCUCUCUGCUGCUGUGGUUGGCCUUGUGUCUGCUGGUUUCCAACUCAUGGAUGGUUUGGGAGGCCUCGUUGGUUUCCGCUGGAUGUUCCUCAUCUACGGCCUGGUGGCCGUGGUUCUUGGCUUUUGCCUGCUUUGGUGGCUUCCCGAUCGCCCUCUUCCUCCUGGGCAGAAGCGUCAGCGCUCAAGCUGGUUGAAGUGGCUUCCGGCAACCCCAGAAGCGCUUUCCGGCCAGGAUGCCGUCAUUCACUACAAUGACCUCCGACGGGUCUAUCACCCCAGGCCCUGGACUAUGAAGGAUCUUCUGCAGGUGCUAAUCGAUUGGCGCCUGUGGCCUUUGACUUUCAUGUACUUUGGCGUUGUUGGCGUUGGAAUCGGUACGCAGCUUUAUGGAUCUGUCAUCAUCCGCUCUAUUGUGCCCACGGCAACGAGCAUCCAAGUUAGCUUGCUUUUUGCUCCGAUCUGGAUCGUAAGUUCUUCGUAUUGUCUUGCAUGGGCACUCAUUAACAAGAUGCAGAUGGACUUGAUUGCGAUUCUCAUAAUGAUGCCAAUUUCAGAUCGAUUCCACGGCUACCGACCAUUUAUCUUCUCAGCUGCGGUUUGCCUUCAGAUCGCCGGUCUGCUUGUCGUAACUUUUGCUCUCGAUAAUGGUUGGGCUCGCUACGGUGGUCUUCUGAUGGUUGGAUUCGGUCUUGGCCCGACUGUUCCCAAUUGCAUGACAUGGACGAACGAGAUCUUCCAGCGCCGGCACGGUGAAGUCGGUGUUGCGGCUGCGACUGCUCUGGUGUCCGGCCUUGGCAACCUUGGAAGCAUUGUCACGACCUACGCUCUGUACACCGGAUGGCCAGAGGACGCCGUCAAGGGUCGUUAUCAGUACCGUCGCAGCAACUACGCAAUGAUCGGCAUUCUCUGCCUGAGUAUCGCCAGCAGCUUCGCCAUGUUCUUCCUGCUCAAGGUCUUCGGAAACAAGCCCGUGAACAAGAUUUCGAGCCUCGACUCCUCUAGUGAGAUUGAAGACGGCGCCGCGAGACGCGAGGCCCGGCAACGAGGCUUUGGAAAGUUGUUCCCUCGUUCCAACCAAAACCGGGAAGCCUAA